AUCAAUAAGCAUUCACCUGAGCACAUCCAGAAUGAGAAGACUGUUGCAAGUGGUAAUAAAACAAUUUUCUUUUUUGUCACUAUUACUUGACUAAGGUCUUAACCCCAUAAGUGGUGUCUCUGGGGUGAAACCAAUCAUGCAAAAUUAGUAGUACUUUUUCCAUGUCGGUAUACCCCAUCCUCACUCUAUAUUGAACUUAACCAGCUUGCAUAUCGGAUUUUGUUGGUGUGACAACUGUAAUGUUAAGAUGCCCGAAUCCAUAUUUGGAUCGAUUAUUCCCUUCAUGUAUUUGCUCUUUUUUACAAACUUUAAGAAACUUUUGGAUUUGCUGACAAUAAACAAUUUAUUUGGGGUCCUUGGCUUUGCGUUAGUCUCUUGCUUGCUAGUGAUUAUUUUUUUAUCCCCAAAAGUUAGUUAUUAUUAUUAGUUCUUGGGAGCGUGAAGAUUUGAAACCGCCACAUUUCUUUCUUUUUCUUCUUCAUUCAUCACUACACCAAUCUUAUACCCUUUCUUGUUUGCUAGUGAUGAAUCAUGAACCCACUCUACUUGGUUAGAUCUAACUUGUUCUAGCAUAUGAUUUGACAUGCAAGUAUAGAGCAUUGUAUUCUCCUUUUGAAGCAUGGACAUAAGAGUCAUUUUAUGAGCACUGAAGAUGUGGAGUUUAGAAUCCAUGUCCAUGGUGACCACACAUCCUUAAUUAGUUGUAUAAGGUUGUCCCACACACUUCUCCACGUUCAUUUGCCUUCACUCGCUUCUCUACUUCUCUUACUUUUCACCACCACCACACCUGCCGACAGGCCUCUACUACUCCCUUCAGCCACCAAGUGUUAAGAAAAUCAUUCUCUGUCUCUCUCUCACACACACAAAAGAAAUGGCAAACAAAAACUUUCUAUGCAUUAUAGAAGAAAUGGAUAGGCUUUGGUUUCACCAUGCUAUUCUUUUCUCAGAACCAACAGCAUCAUUUCUUUCAUUACCAUCUCCACCAGAUGAAGAAAAACCUAUUCCCACAUCAGAAUCUGUGUCUUGCUCAUCAUCCAUUCUUUCUUCACCACCUCCACCAGAUGAAGAAACUUCAACGGAUGAAUCACCCUCUUCAGAGAAACAACUCUCAUCAGAGUCAAUAUCAGUGCCUCUUCAGGAUGGUUCAAUCAACAAUGAAGAGGAAACGAAGGAAGGGUUGACUAGAAUGAACCAAUCGGAUAACAGAACUCGUUCACAUUCAUCCUCACCAUCAACUCAAAACCGUCACAGAAAAUUGAGGAAACCAGCUACUACUACUUGUGCAAGGAAACUGCAGAAAUCCAUAAGCUGCAGAACACUUGGGGAGCUAGAACUUGACGAAGUAAAGGGUUUUAUGGAUCUUGGUUUCACGUUCAAGAAAGAAUAUCUUAGUCCAAGAAUGAUGAGCGUUGUCCCAGGCUUGCAGAGACUUGGUGUAGUGGAUGCCAGAGAAACGGUUGAAGGAAAUCAUAUUGAAGCAGAGGAACAAAAGAGAGACAUCAUGAGACCAUAUUUAUCGGAGGCAUGGCUUAUAAAGAGACCCGAUUCACCGCUACUAAAUUUGAAAAUUCCCAAAUGUUGUUCAUCUUCCAACAUGAAGAAACAUCUUCGGUUCUGGGCUAAAACAGUGGCCUCAGAAAUCCACCAAGAAUGAGUUAUGGCCAUUGGUCAAUACUCAAAAAUAGUCACAAUUCACAAACUUAAGGGAAAAGCUCUAUAGUAAUAGUUCAUAAUAGGUUUUUUUAAUUGCGUGAGUUGGGUCCAAGGACUCACUAGACCAAGACAAAUUUUAAGGUUCAAGAAUGCUUAUAAAGAUACUUACAAAUUAUCCAGCAACAAAGUUCUUAAAUCAGUUGCAAAAA